AUGGCAGUCCUUAAGCCCUACCCAGGCUCAACAAUUUACCUAUGGAAAUAUAUUCCGAGUCUUGCUGGCAGUAUCAUCUUCGCGAUUACCUACCUCAUCACUGGAUCCCUGAUCGGCUUUCGUAUGUACAAGACGAAGACGUGGUUUUGUGCUGCUUUUGUCGUUGGUUGCUUCAUGGAAGUCAUUGGGUAUAUCGGAAGGGCAUUCGCCGUCAACCAGACUGACGCAUUGGGACCGUUUGUCAUUCAAGCGACCUUCAUUCUCCUUCCGCCCGCCUUCUUCGCCGCCUCAUUCGCCGCCUCAAUCUACAUGACCCUUGCACGCAUCAUCCGCACUGUUGACGGCGACCACCUCUCCAUCAUCAACCCACGAAUCGUUACACGAAUCUUUGUCCUUAGCGACCUUGCCUCCAUCGGGGUCCAAGGCACAACGGCUGGCUUUUCGGAGCAUGAAAACCUGAAAACUAUCGCUACAGUUCUGGUACUCAUCGGACUGGCCAUCCAGUUUAUAUCAUUCGCGCUCUUCGGUGCAUGCGCCGUCAUCUUCCACAAGCGCAUUCGCCGUAAUCCAACGGCACGCUCUCAUCAAAUUGGUCCGAAGUGGCUUCAUACUCUCUACAUGCUCUAUGCUGUUUCGAUACUCAUUAUCAUUCGGUCGGUCUUUCGCGUUGUUGAAUAUGCUUUUGGCAAUGAUGGGUAUCCGAUGGCUCACGAGUGGACCCUGUUUGUUUUCGAUAGUGUGCCGAUGACUUUGGUUACUGCCAUAUUCUUCUUUCGCUAUCCAAGCAACUUGGCACAGAAG